GCAUGUCACGGUUUAAUCUCUAACUAGUACCAGUGCGGUAAUUUGCUGUAUUUAAAUUUGUAGUUGUGUUAUGAUUAAUGCUAAUAUAAUUGCAGCCUUAAGAAGAAAAUUUAAUUGUGCAAGAUUUGACAAUUUGGAAAGUUUAAUUCUGCGUAUGGACUGAACUUCUCUGGUGACCAAACAGAAGAAACAGCUUGAACUACAAGAUGAGACUACCAGUCAUCUCUGUACCUUCCACACCAGUGUGUAUUCCUCAUGACACACCUCCUGUCCGGCAGAGGCGCUGCCUGGUGGUCACUCCCAUGAUGCUUCCCAUCAUCUCAGACUCUGCCCGGCUGAGGACAAGCACUCAGAGUAUUCCAAGACUGAACCCUUUACAUCCACCUCUGGUCCAUAAACGCACCGUCAGUCUGGAGACGCCAGCUGUUCACCACCACAACCACCAGAGGACACUGAUAAUGCAGAGAAGAGAGCAUUACAAGUAUCAUCAAGUGUGGCGAAAACCCUUUUAUGGAAGCAGCAGUGAAAGAGAAGAAUACAGGAAGGAGCUGCGAGAGCAGUUAAAGAGGCAGAUGGAGGAGAAAUGUGUAGCACUGAAGCUACAGCUGGCCAGUAAAGUGAAGGAAGCUGAGAACAUACGAGAAGUGGACCGCCUCGCCCUGUCCAGUGAAAGAGAACAAAGGAUCCAGCACAGCAAAGCAAUGACGGCGUACAGAGAUGAGAACAAAAGGCUAAUGGAGCAGAGCUGGAGGGACAGAGCACUAACACGCUCCCAGGAGGUCCUGAAGGAGAGAGAGCUGCUGCACCUCAACCCCAUUAACUGGAGUGGAACGCUGAAAUAGGUUGAACCUCAACAUCCAGAAUCAAAUUUUCACACUCAGGCCUCGCUGUAGCACUUAGACAUGCAUGAGUGUCAGAUGAAGAUGAGAAACAGCAUAUAUAGUACAUGUGAUUAGUGCUGUGAUAGCCAUUGAAGGAGCUUAAGAGGGAUAUUUCUAGGAUUUUGUUAUACGAUCUAAGAAUGCCAAUGUAUUCCCAAUCUUACUUCAUAGAGGUUAUAUUACCGUACAGUAAAUCCAAGAUUUAAAAGAGUACGCCACAAAUUUAGCAUUACAUUUCUGUAAUACUGUCAGACUUAACAAUAUCAUCUUUUUUAUCAUCUUUAAACCUUCUUCCUACAUUACACGCAAUGCCACCUGACCGACAACAGUUCUGCUGAAGAUAUAGGUGUGGUAUAUAAGUAGCAGCUAAGGGAUGAGGAGCAGGCCACAAAGGUCCAGUAAGCUUACUUCCUUCUAACUCCUUCAUACCCCCAGAUGGUUUUCUUUUUCACAUCUGUAGUUUCCUGACCCAAAUGAAAUUUAAAAAUUUUAAAAAUCAGAUUUCACGCAGCUCUCUUCAGGCGACAAACAACUGUGUGCAACUUUUUUCACAUACAUGCAGUAGCACUCCCCAAGACCUAUAAACAAGCUUUGAUGGCCAUUUCAUCUCCUUUAAUUUC